CUCCCCCGCCCCCAGCCCUCCGGCUCCCGGAGCCUCCGCUUCCUCCCCCUAGCCCCCUCCCCCGGCCAUGGAGUGCCCUCACCUCAGCUCCAGCGUCUGCAUCGUCCCGGAUUCGGCCAAGUUCCCCAACGGCUCCCCGUCGUCGUGGUGCUGCAGCGUAUGCCGGUCCAACAAAAGCCCCUGGGUCUGUUUGACUUGUUCGAGUGUUCAUUGUGGAAGGUAUGUGAAUGGUCAUGCAAAAAAACAUUAUGAAGAUGCACAGAUUCCCUUAACCAACCAUAAGAAAACAGAAAAGCAAGAGAAAAUUCAACAUACUGUGUGCAUGGAUUGCAGUAGUUACAGUACAUACUGUUAUCGCUGUGAUGAUUUUGUGGUAAAUGAUACCAAGCUGGGACUGGUACAGAAAGUCAGAGAACAUUUACAGAACUUGGAAAAUUCAGCUUUUACAGCGGACAGACAUAGGAAAAGGAAACUUUUGGAAAACUCAUCUCUAAACAGCAAGUUGUUGAAAGUAAAUGGAAGUACCACUGCGCUUUGUACUACAGGCCUUCGGAAUUUGGGGAACACUUGUUUUAUGAAUGCUAUUCUUCAGUCCCUCAGUAAUAUUCAGCAGUUUUGCUGUUAUUUCAAAGAACUUCCAGCUGUGGAAUUACGAAAUGGGAAAACAGCAGGGAGGCGGACUUAUCACACCAGGAGCCAAGGGGAUAACAAUGUUUCCUUGGUAGAAGAGUUUAGAAAAACAUUGUGUGCUUUAUGGCAAGGCAGCCAAACUGCAUUUAGCCCCGAAUCCUUAUUUUAUGUUGUUUGGAAAAUCAUGCCAAAUUUUAGGGGUUAUCAGCAGCAAGAUGCCCAUGAGUUUAUGCGCUAUCUUUUGGACCAUCUACACUUGGAACUCCAGGGAGGCUUCAAUGGAGUUUCUCGAUCAGUAAUUCUGCAAGAGAAUUCUAGUCUUUCUGCAAGUAACAAAUGUUGCAUAAAUGGAGCAUCUACUGUUGUCACAGCUAUAUUUGGAGGCAUUCUUCAAAAUGAAGUUAACUGCUUAAUAUGUGGGACAGAAUCUAGAAAGUUUGAUCCAUUUCUUGACCUUUCAUUAGAUAUUCCCAGUCAGUUUAGAAACAAGCGUUCUAAGAACCAAGAAAAUGGGCCCCUGUGUUCACUCCGAGAUUGUCUUCGUAGUUUUACAGACUUGGAAGAACUUGACGAGACAGAACUGUAUAUGUGCCACAAAUGCAGAAAGAAGCAGAAAUCCACCAAAAAAUUUUGGAUUCAGAAAUUACCAAAGGUGCUCUGCUUACACUUGAAAAGAUUUCAUUGGACAGCUUACCUAAGAAACAAGGUCGACACCUAUGUAGAGUUUCCUCUGAGAGGCCUAGAUAUGAAGUGCUACUUGUUAGAGCCCGAGAACAGCGGCCCUGAGAGCUGCCUUUAUGACCUUGCCGCCGUCGUUGUGCAUCACGGUUCCGGUGUUGGUUCUGGACAUUACACAGCUUAUGCAACUCAUGAAGGUCGCUGGUUCCAUUUCAAUGACAGCACCGUAACCCUGACCGAUGAGGAGACCGUGGUGAAGGCCAAGGCCUACAUCCUCUUCUACGUGGAGCGCCAGGCCCGCUCUGGCUCGGAGAAGCUCUGAUCCACCUUCAGCACCCUUCACCAAGUCCACCAGACAAAACAUUUCCAAUUUUCCACAAAUACUUGAUCCAAGACUAUUAAUUUCAUUGUGCACUUUUCAGCUUCCUAUCGUGGGUUUCAUUUUGUUGUGUCAAUGGUAGCAUUCAACUUGGACACAAACCAACUUUGUUUUUUUAGUUUUUCCAGAAAACCCCAGCAGACAUUUUGAUUUGCUGCUUUAGUUGUGGUAACUAUAUAUAUAUAUAUGUGUGUGUGUGUUUAUAUAUAUACAUAUAGUUUCAUGAAUUUUAGUUAUAUUUGACUUUUCAUAUUACGGUUUUCAGUUCUCACUUUUGUAAGGCACAUUUACAUCAGGCAUUUUUAUUAUCAUCACAUGCAGCAGGCAAGAUAAAUGUGCUCAUUAUUUUUUGGAGAGCAGUGGAAAUUCUUGCUGCAUUUUCACAGCUGUAAUGCAGAUCAGGUUGAUCCUGCAAAUCAAGGGUUGUGCUUGCAUAUGUUAUUCUGUCCCAUGAAAUCUGCCAGUGACCUGAACAGUCAUUCUUUGCCUAUAGAAGAGAAGGCGGUUGCAUCAUGAACAAAGAUAACGCUGCUAUCAGCGAAUAUGAAAGCUGCUGUAUUUUAGCAUUAACCUUAAAUAAUUGCUGAUUUAGAAUCAGGCCUACAGAUUCAAAUUAUUUAGGGGUAGGGAGGGAGGGGAGGCAUUAGAAACUAAGUUCAUUUACCUUGUAAGUGAAUUGUCCUUUCGAGAAAGAGCUAGCUAGACCUUUGCCUUCUAGAGCAGUACUCUGAUCCCUCCAGGAACAGGACUCGUAGUCAGUCCUAUUUUCCAGUAUCUGUGCUUAUACAUAUAGCCAGCUCGGGUGAGAUGUUGGUUAUCAAAGCCGAGCUUCUGAGGCUUUGGAUCUCACUGAGGUGUGGAAGUGGGUAUUUUGAUUUUUAGAACUCAGAACUUUAAUAGCUCUCACUGACAUUGUAUCAAGACCUUUGUGGUCAAACUGAAAAUGUGCUUAUUUAUUGGAUUGUAUAGGAGAAAGGCUGCUUCUAAGGUCAACAGCUCUUGUUUAAAAUUGUUUUCUAGGGGACAAAAGAGAAAAUGGAAGCCCUUCGAUCUAAUUCUUAGGUUGAAUUUUAGACUCAGAUUCCAGUCACGACUGUGGCAGUUCUGUAGGUGUCCCCUGCAGUCUAAGGGCAUUAUUUGUAUUGCUGGAUAAUUCAGAGACUGGAAGAGAGGAGGCUGCUUGAGUACAUGGAGAAUAUCGAAUUUGAAAAUGGAAUUCAUAUGUUAACAUCAUGCUGAUUUUUUUUCCAUCCCUUGUUCUAGUGUUUUUUUCCCCCUUCUUUUUUUCUUUUCUAAAAGUUGUAAUGAAGGACUGAACAUAAUUCCUGCCAAGCUAGCCUGCCACCCAAUCAAGCAGACUUCUUAGGAAUGAUGUCUGAGAAGUAAAAAGGAAUGGUUGAGAUGUUGUAGAGGUCUCUCUGUAAAGAUGUCACUAUUCGAUGACUUUUUCCCAGUCAUAUAUUUGAAACUGCCAGGAACAGCUAUUGGGACAUCAUUUCCAUUUCAGUAUUAACAAGUUUUGUCACAGCUUAACACAUUAGCAAGAUAAACACUUGAAAAUGAAAAGCAACAAACAAUAAUCAAAUAUGUAAAAUGUUAUUCCUAAGGAGACUGCAUUGCCAACCUCCCUAAAUCUUAGGGGCUGUUUAGAAGGGGAAAAAAAGGAAAAUGUGGGUUUGUGUAGAAAUACAACUCUCAACCCUGUUGCAUAGUUGUGCAUAUAUAUAUAUAUAUAUAUAUAUGAAAGUACACUUGGCCGAGCCUGACAUUUGAUUCCCCUUCAAGACCCUUCUGAGAGACAAAAAAACAGAGUGACUUUAUUGUGCUUAACAAAUGGGACAGUGAAUAAAGUCAUCUGUUACUUUGACUCAGAUAUUCGCAUUCUUGGUGUGCUUGUCUGCUGUUUGCACCUAGAUUGUCGUUCUUUAUAAAAAUGAGUUGUUUUUAAUCAUUAAACUUACCUAAUGGCUUUGGCAGCCUUCCUUCUGAUGGAGGAAAAUAGCUGUAAAUCACACACGAUUUUGUGGCCAGGUGUAUGAAAGUGUUGAGGAGAAGAAAUGCUGGGGACACUGGGACCUGGCUCCUGCCUGAAUUACUGUCGUGAGGCUUUUGUUGCCUAGUAUCUGCUGACACAUUCUGGAAUGUGAUCAUGAAGACUUUUUGGAAAGGGCAAUCGAAACCAUUUGGGCUAAGCAAACAGCAAGCCAAGCUGCAUCGUUGAACAUACCAGUGAUGUAAAUGUGCCUCUUUUGUAUUUUAGAAAUUUAACUGUGUAAUCUUUGUCACAAUCAUUUUAAAGGCUGAUUUGUUUCCUGUUCUCCUUCUGGGCUUUUUUUUUCUCUUUUGGUGCCAUGUUGUCUCCUUUAUGUACAUGUGGCCUCGAGCGAAACGCCAGCAGGGCCUGAUGCAUCAAGGUACAUGCCUCCUUUGGAGAAGAAAACUUUAACAUCCUCCCACUGCAAACACAGAUGUAUGAUACAAACAAUCUGUUUGUGGCAACACAGAUAUCUCUCCAUGAUGGAGAAAACUUUGCUUAUCCACUGUAUUCUACUCAGUGUGUAGUGAUGACAAAUGUAACUGACAAUUGAACCAGUAAAGUAUACUGUCCCGCUUUGAGUGUUAAAAAUGUAAGUUGCCUGUGAAACUCAAUUCAGUCAGCGUGGUUUCUGGGCCUGGCAUUGGGGCAUAUUUAUUUCUUGAAACCUAUGUGUCUUUUUGGUCUCAUUGUUCUAAUGUACAUAUCUCCCUUCUCCAUGUUCCUUGUCCUUCCUCCCUCCCCUGAGCUACAUAAGGGUCACUUGGGACUGGGUUCUCCACAGCACCCCUUCUUUUCACCACUCAGAUGGUUAAUGUCACAUGUGCAGCUGCCCAGGAAGGAUGGAGCCUCUCUAGUCAGCCUGUUGAUUCUCUUCCCUACCAGGGAGACCCCUUUGAAGGUAUCCAACCUGGAGCAUCCCCAGGGCAGGGUGUGUCCCUGCAGUCUGCUGCCAGUCAAAGUAUCCACACAGAACACAGGAAGGAGAAGACUUCUGUGCUAUGGCCGUGCUUCAUUCCAUUGUCUCUGUAUCUCACCAAGUGGGCUAAAUAUGCUCGUCUUGUCAGCUCUGCUGCUGACAUAUGCUAGCUAGAAGGCCCUCAAAUCGUGUGGUGCUGUGGGUGUCAUUGUUUGCCAUUAAAAUCUAGCUUGUGUAAUGCAGAAAAAAAAAUCAUUUCACUGCGUGAAUAAUCCUUCCUUUUAAGUUGUACUUUGAUUCUUUUUCUUCUUUGCCAACUUGAGAUGUUUUAUGGAAAAGUAUCAUUAAAGAUCUGGUCUCUUUUC